UUUUCACCAGGUAAGACUAAUGAGUAAUGACUCCCCGCUCCCGUCUAACGUAUCAAUGCUUAACAUAGGUAGCCGUUACAGUCUUUCAAAAUUUCCCAAACUUAGCCGUUGUUCUUCUCCCUCCCUCGCAUCUAAACCUUCAACCGCCUCUCUGCUCUGUUUCCGGCAACUCGUCGCAACAAUGGCCCCACAUCCAGCUUUCACCGCCGCAGAAAUGGCUGUAGACGAAGGCCUCGGCUACCCCAAAGCCUAUGCGAAGCUGUGUAAAGACCCAAGCCUUUCACCUCCAUUCACUUUCGUUCCCUCUGCUCCCAAGGCUACCAGAGCGAAGGAAUUGGAUGAGAUGUUUCCGAUCGUUGAUCCAAAUGCAAAGCCUGCUAUAAAGCCCAAGAUGUUUGUCAGUCUUCUCUGGAAGCAACUCAACCACCUUGGGAAUGCUGGAUUUGAUCCUGACAUGUUUCGGAUUGACCCAUACGGAAAUGUUCUGUAUUAUCAUGCUGAUUCAGCUUCACCUCUAGCCUGGGGCAUUGAUCACUGGUUUCCUAUUUCAAGAGGAGGAUUGACUGUUCCAAGAAAUCUAAGGAUUUUACAGUGGCAAGUCUGCAAGAAGAAGCAUAACCAGCUUGAAUUUCUCAUUCCAUGGUGGGAUCUUCAAGUUGGUAUCUCCAUUAACCAGUUCUUAUCCAUCUUUGCCUCAUCAAACUCAGAUUUCAGGCACAGGGCAUUUUCAUGUCUGUUUUCUGAAGGUGAAAGUGAGGAGUUGAAUACCUCACAGACAGGAAUAGGAUGUGUGGCUCCAGCUGCUGUUGUUCUUGCUCGAAGAGAAUCCCGCGACACUUCAUCAGCUCUCAAGUCAUUAGACAUCAACAGAAGACCGAGAUCGUGCAUCCCUAUAAUAGCUUCCAAGAAACUGAACUCUGAUCUAAAAGAAAACGAGGAACCUGGAACGGGAAGCAAUCCAUAUGAGGCCAUUGUGAUUGUCAGAGAUUCUCUGAGACAGUGGGAAGAAACUGCAAAGAUGCAGGCCGAAAUACAAAAGCUAGAUGAUGAAGAGACUAAAUUGAAGCAAAAAGCUGAGGAGGCGGAGAUGGUGAGCGUGGAAGAUUUGGAAUUAAUUCUGAUGAAGAAAAGGCGGCAUGCUGAGAAGUGUCGCAAGCUAGCAGAGGCACAGACUUCAUACAAAGCAAUGCUGGAUAAGAUGAUUCACGAUGCCAUGCACCAGAGUGUGGUGUAUGAAGAACAAGUGAGGCUGAAUCAGGUAGCAAGUAAAUCCCUGAUGGCAAGGCUUGAAGCUCAAAGAGCAAUCUGUAAUUCUGCAGAGAAAGAAUUGCACUACAAGUAUAAGCAGAGAGAUGAGUUAGAGAAACAGGUAAGACCUGAUUGUGAACAGCCCAGGAAGAGAUCACGACUGGAUGAUUUCCUUGAAGAGAACAACGUUUUUUAUUCGCCCGUAAGAACACAAUUGCAGAUGGAGAUGGAUGAUGCAUUGGCAGAAAAAGAUGGUAACAUGAUGUUAUGCUUGCCAGGCAGAGAUUCCAAGGACAGUGUUCAUAAGGAACUGAGGGCGUUCUUGAUGGAAGAGCAGAAAGCAUCAUUACCAGCACGACAAUUAUCUGCAAUUGAAGAGCAAGAAGCCGUUUAUGGAAUCAGUACAGAAGAACCUGAGGAGCAUGGAAAAGCUAUAGUGGUGGAAAAGAAUGAAAAUAGGGUUGAAGAAAUACUUGAGAAUCUGGAAAUGCAAGACGGGACGCCAUGCAAAUUUCAGUUUCCAGAUUUUAAGGAAUCAGAAAGAGAGGAAGAGGAUGAUGAAGAGAGUAGAAAACAGCGCGGGAAAGGAAAUGUGGAAAAAUGGGUUCAGAUGCUGUUGGAGGAGAAUAAUGCAGCACAUGAAACAGCAGAAAUAGAUAAAGUUUGCAGGACAGAUGAAAUAAUAGAGAAGCUGAAUCUCAAAUACCCUCACAUUGAAAUCAAAUCCUCAAGCAUUCAAGAACCGAAUCAACAGUUAGGAGUUGAAAACGAAAGCAACACAGAUGAAAUGAAGGAGCCCUCCUUACAGCAGACAUCACCAGACAAUGCUGUUUGCAAAGAUACCUUUGCAAAAGAAGCGCUAAAGCAUUCACAGCAGACUCCCUCCAGGAAGCCUCCCUACAGAGUAUGGCCCAGAAAAAGCAAUGUAGAUGAAAGCAAAGAAGUUAGACAUAGUGACGCAUUUGAUGAUGAACAUGAAAGAAAGAGCGAGAGAGGAAGGAAACUUACUACAAGGAGUGAAAGUGGCGGCGGGGCAGUUAGGCGCAUCCCAUCUUCUCCAUCUCUAAUCUUGAGUGGCAUGAAGAAGCCGUCAGUAACCAGUGGCAGUGAUGCUGAUGAAGAUCGAGCAGCAGGGAACAGUAACUUCAUUAAAUCAUCCAUCAAAACAAUCAUAAAGGCAGUGAAGAUAUAAGGUCAAUCAACUCAUGUUGAUUACAGUAGUUUCCCAACCCCCGGUCUCAUAUUAUACUAACUACAUAAUUGUGUGAAUUUAGGUUUUGGAUUGAUUUCUAUCGUACUCUGUAAUAUUCUCUGUGAGUCAUGUGUAAUAUAUAACUGCUUGUUGUUCUAUAAGUCCUGAGUCAUGUGUAAUAUAACUGCUUGUUGUCCUGAAGAAGUUGUUUCUCUA